AUGCAGAGACUAUUUCGACAAGACAGCGACGUCACCCUCUUCUACACCUCUCUUCUUCAAAAGCACGCGCCACCUCCUACGUACUACCCACCUCGGCCCAAGUCUGUUGUCCCGCUACCCGAACCCUUCCAUACACCCUACCUGACUCCGAGCCCUGAGUCGAUCGCUGCAAAGCAUCACGCCGCCCAUUUGGCUGCGAUCUCUCGCACACCAGGAUUUCUAUCGUUGAAGCCCGUGGCUGAAACACCAAAGUCUGGAUCUGCAGAGGAGCUUCCUAAGUUUGCACAGCUCUAUCAACCGCAUGGGAAGUAUGCAUGGACAAGAGGCUGUAUUUUCGAACAUGUGUGGGCUCACAAGAGAUUUCAAUCCGGAAAGACGCGCUCUGCGUUCAUAAAUUCCGCCUCAGUCAAGGGCGCAAAGCUGAAGUAUGUCAGCAAAAAUUGGAAGAAGUCCGACCAGAAGUCCGACCAGUCAAGACUGAAGGGUUUUCAUCUAGAGCUCGCCUUAUACAAGAGCAAAAAGUACCUCAAACUGCUCCAAGGAAAGUGCGUCCCCCGCGUUAUUAGCUUGCAGGGCGACACGAACGAAUAUCACCUCGCGAUGGAGCCUCCACACCCCGUCUUCUGGAUCGAAGCUAGCUCGACGAUGCCCUUGGUCCUCAAAGCCGCCGUCGUCACCGCAUUCGAGAAGAUCCACGCUCGGGGUGUGUUGCAUGGAGCCCCUACCUUCCAGCGCAUGCUCAUCGGCGCCGAUUGCAAGGUCACGCUCAUCGGUUUCCAGGAAGGAGAAACGGCAGAGGACGAGGAGUUCGUGGAGGUGGAAGAGGCGCACAAUAUGGAGAUGGAUAUGGAGAUGAGGAAAGUGAAGUAUAUGUUGGAUUAUCCGGGAGCGAGGGAAGAGGAGAAAAGGAAGACGAAGGCGUAUAUGAAGAGGGUGAUAAGGAGAAGGAAGAGAGCGAAGCAAGGACUGCGACCACGUCCUGAAGACAUGGAGGAUCCCUUUGACCCGGCUGUGACGAUGGAUACCAUGAGGAAGGAGUGGAAGCCUGUGAGUACUGCGCCUGAUGGGCAGAACCCCUACUACCCUGUGCGGCAUGUCAUGCCUGGCGUGACACCGCUGCAGUUUGAGAAGGCCGUCGUCGGUUUCCUGGCAGAGGUCCAGAGGAUGGAGGAUGAUUUUGAAGACUACAAGUCGGGGACAUCAUGCAGACACGUUCCCAGCUAUUCCGCUUCCAACCCUAGCACCGUCCUUCCUCCAUCCAUCAAGGUCCGCGAUUUUGCUAUGGAAGGCUACCCUCCCUCUACCAGCGCAGGUGAAUCCCGCGGCGCAAUCAAGAUUCGCGACUUCGCAAUGCACCCUUCCAAGUCUACCACUGCUCUACAUCCCCCACGAACUCCGCCCGCCACCUGCCCCUACCGGCAGCAAUUGAAGGACGGCGAGGAUCCUACUGAUGCGAAAUGGGCGGAGGAAUGGAUAAUGGAGCGCUACCAUAAGACGCUUAACUUGCACGAGGUGCAGUUACCGCAGACGUCGUAUGUGUACUUUUCGACGAAUAUGGAGCCUAGCGUACCCUCAAAAUGGAAUCGGACGGCAGUGCCUCCAAGAGGGAUUUUGCGGCCAUUGAGAGCGGGCGAUUUUUUGGCUCAGGAUGGGUCUGUCCAGCGGAGGCGACAUGCGGACGACAUGGUUCAGCGGAUGCUGGAGCCUCCAUUGACGCCUGUGAAGAGGAAGAGAGGUGAGCUGAAAGAAGGCAACGAGGAGACCGAGGCCACGGAACGGCCCAAGAAAAAAUGCAAUCCCAGGGCCGUCACAGUCGACAAGCGCAACCUAUAUUCGAACACGUCUACUAAUGCUAUCACGAGGAAGGCAACCGGGACGUAGACACGCAGGUCCAACUGACUAUACUCGCGCCGAUGGCGAAGCAGGAGCAGCCGUCGCCCUGUCACAGACGCAGAGAAGUCCAAUAUCU